CGUUAUCUCUCCCAAGAUCAAUCCGAACAGUUAUGCAAUGACUUUCAGCUUAUCGAUUAUUUGGGAUGUGUAGUCAUGCGCAUCAACUUUGCCAGUGUUAAGGCAAAGGAAAAAACUACAACUCCCGGCUGGCGUAGGGGCGCAUCGCUUCGCCCGAGUUGCUCACACACACUGACUGUAGUUCGCUCGACUGUGAAAAAUCCCUUCUAAUGAUUCAGUUCGUGAAUAAAUAAAAAGAGUUUGGUGUCAUGGCGGAAUCUGCAGCGUGUCCCGCUUUCCAGCUCGGGAGACCCCGCUACGAUCAGAGUUCGUUCUUUGGACGUCUGAGACACUUUGUUGACAUCAUUGAUCCCAGCACCCUGUUUGUCUCAGAGAAAAAGUUAAAAGAAUGCAUCAAACUCCUUGACGACUACAAACACGACACACUUCCUCCUGGAGUGUCUGCAGAUCAGUUGUGGGAAGCCCAGAAGAUUAAACAGGCCAUCAUUCACCCUGACACAGGAGAGAAGAUCUUCAUGCCAUUUCGAAUGUCAGGUUAUGUGCCAUUCGGAACACCAAUUGUCAUUGGCCUUCUCCUCCCAAAUCAGACUGUGAUGUCUACCAUUAUCUGGCAGUGGUUGAACCAGAGUCACAAUGCCUGCGUGAACUAUGCCAACCGGAAUGCCACAAAGCCCACUCCUACAUCUAAGUUUCUUGAAGGCUAUGUCGGAGCUGUGACCAGUGCUGUCUCUAUUGCACUGGGACUGAAUGUGCUGAUUCAGAAGGCCAACAAGCUGAGCCCUGGCACCAGAAUGAUCAUCCAGAGAUUUGUCCCCUUCCCAGCUGUAGCAAGUGCAAACAUCUGUAACGUAGCCCUGAUGAGACACAGCGAGCUGUCUGAAGGUAUCGACGUUCUGGACAACAACGGCAGCGUGGUGGGAUCCUCCAAAAUCGCUGCUCGACAUGCAAUAAUGGAGACCGCCUUCACACGUGUGGUCCUUCCUAUGCCAAUUUUCGUGCUGCCGCCCAUCAUCAUGUCCUACCUCGAAAGGCUGCGAUUCCUGCAGAGAAACUGCAGACUUCUGCUGCCCAUCCACAGCGUUGUGUGCCUGGUUACGUUCGGCCUCUCGCUGCCCGUGGCCAUCAGCCUCUUCCCUCAGAUGUCUCAGAUUGAGGUAUCUCGCCUUGAGCCGGAGAUUGCCAUGGCAACGGAUUGCAAAGUGUUGACCUACAACAAAGGUUUAUGAUGAAGAUGGGACACGAGCUCCAAACUGAGGCUGCUUUAUGAAUGACUGUAACCCUGCUGCAGGGUUUUCGGGGUAUCUGACACGUAAUUAUUAUUAUUAGAGUUGUAUUUACCCAACAUUCCUAGACCUGUUCUCAUGCUGCAUUCACUGAGCCACGGUGAAUCCUCUGAACAUCCCAGAGAUUGUUGCCUUCACUACAGCUGUCCAAGAACUCUCAAUUUUUACUAUAACACCUCUUUUAUUUUUUUUUAUCAAUAAUGUGUUUCUGAUUAUUUACAGAGUAUUGUUUUCUGGAGUUUCUGGAGCACAAUCAACCUAAAUAGUGAUCCUUUAAAUUCUGAUAAUAAGAUCGUUUAAACACAUCUUUCCUGGACUGUUUUUGAGUCAGAUAUGUAUUCUGUUUUUCUCACGUUUCUUCAUAUCUUUUUGUCCCGAAGUGUUGAGCUCUGGCAGCUGGUGUUAUGUUUGUGUUUCUGUCGGAUUUUCACAGCAAACAGCUGCCUGUGAAGCAACAGAAGGAAAGUCUGCGAGUUGGGAUGGAAGCAGCAGGAUGAAAGAGGUUAUUGAGUUUUUGUAGAGAAGAGGGCAGCUGCACAGUGUGAGGAUUCUUCCCUGUGCAUUAAUAUUACUGAAGGCACCUCUAAAAAUACCCUUAAUAGACAGCACACUGCACAUUCAUAGGCAUCCUGGUAGAAAUGUGUAAAUGCCUCAGAUUACAUCUCUUUUAUUGCAGCAGCAUAUGUUAACACUAAGAAAUGUUCCAACCUUUUAAUUUGCUACAGUUAUUCUUUCAAUAAUUUAUUUUCUCCUCCUACUUCUUCCCUGCUGUCAGUACUUUGAACAACCUGUUUUGGCAAAUAGGACAGGAAGACCUCAUCAGUGACCCAUUUCAUGUUCAGUCGUAGAGUCCAACAGGUAUUUAUUUAAAACAGGAUCACAGCAUUGUAGAUCCUCCUCCAUCAUUGCUACCUGUAGACAUGAUUUAUAGAUUUGACCUCCACUGUUUUUUUUGUACUAGUCCUACAUGUAGGGUUUGUUGCCAAAAACGCAGCUUUAUGCUGAUUUAAUUUCAUCCCUUGACCCUCAUACAUUGUCAUUUUUUCUAUGGCGUGAGGGUAGAGAAAUUAAAACAUAUUUCUUUUUAGAGGCAUACUUGGAAGAAAGGGACAGAAAAAUGUACAAAGAAAUUUAGUUUGUUAUUUGUAA